GUUGAGACACGCCUGCCAGCGUUGGCCAACGGCGUAUCCUUCUCGUCAUUGCCUUCGUUGGGCAUUCAAACCUGUCAGCAGACGACGAGACGGCCCUACGACAUGACACCUUGCGGUACUUGGAUAAAGUCUCUUUCGUAACUUCUUUCUCUAUUUCAUUCUAAAAUGCCCUCUUUCUUUCGUACUCCAAGCGAGGACGCUUCCUCUUCGGACGAUUCUAGCGAUAAUGCCCCCAAAGAUAUCCAAGACUUUCAGCAUUCGUACAGCGAGCAACUCGAUGAUCUCUCGCGUAUUCAGACACUUAGCACUAGUGGCGCAGAAGACGGAGAAGAUGUACCUCGGCGCCCCCGUGCAGGACCAGUAAGACGUUCUAGUAAUCGGGGGAAAGACCUCAUAAUCCAUGCCUUACUUGAAGAAAAGGCACGCAAAGAGGCAGCCGACGAGCUAUUGAAAGCGCCAGACCAUCCAGAUGUUGUAGCCUUAAGCCAGCAAAAGUACAACACUCUGUCGCAAAGCCUCCAUAACUUGGCCAACGUUUCCUCAGAAUUCAGUGCCGAGAGUCACCGCACCAAACGCGAAACAGUACGACAAGGACUGCAACUAUUGUCAAGAUCGCAGCCUGGAUCUUCUGCUCUGCCGAACACGUACACCCCAAAUAGUGGCAGUACGACGGCACUUGCGUCAACUUUUCGCAACGUUCUCACAUUUUCGGGAAGCUCUGGGUCGAACUCUCCCCGAGAGCGUACCGUACUCCUUGGGCAAGUUCCAGAAUCACUACAACCACUACUAGGGGGCCACACUGGGUUCAACUCUUCACGCUAUGCCCAAGAAUUUGAACAGAAGUGUCUACUCGGCAAGGGAGGCUAUGGCCACGUUUACAUGGCGAAGAAUAGACUCGAUGGCUUCGAUUAUGCGGUAAAGCGUAUUCCCCUGAGCACAAUGCGUAUGAGGAAGAUCUACCAAGGUGGCCAAAAGGAACUAGAGCUCCUACUGGAAGAGGUACGCACUUUGGCACGACUAGACCAUCGCAACAUCGUACGAUAUCACCACGCCUGGCUAGAAGCUUCAGAAUCAGAUGCACUCUCAUCGCAAUUUGAUAACGGUCUUAAGCUUUUGGAGGGCCCCAGCACCUUUGGAAGCUCAGAACUGUACUCAGAGGAUGUCACUUCUAGUGCGUCGUAUGUUGAGAACGAGGCUCCAACAAGUCUUCCGACAGCGUCUGGAGUAGAGUCGAGUGAUCAUCUCUCUGACGAUAUCUUUGAUCGUUCCGGUACCCCUCAGGGGAGUCGAAAAAGCCAGAGUAAAGACGUCGACGAAGAAGACGCUGAUGAGACCAUUCUAAGAGAGUCGUACGCCUCUCACGAGCUACCAGCACCAGAAUUGACACCAGACUUGUCGCAGCUCAUCAGCAAUACCAUUGGGCUCGCAUUUACUCUUAACAUCCAGAUGUCCCUCCACCCUCUCACGCUAGAACAGUUCCUGGCAGCAGAACAUUCGAACGAAGCGUCCUCUAUCCAACUGAAACACUGUUUCCACCCUGCCAUAUCCCUCCGCAUCCUCCUCAAGAUCUUGAAAGGCGUCUCCUACCUUCACUCCCAGAAUGUGGUGCACCGCGACCUCAAGCCUGCGAACAUCCUCCUCUCUGUCUCCCCCAACAAGAGAAUAUCUGGCUCUAUCGACAUCACGUCCUGCCACCAAUGCUCCCGCGGCGUCGAACCUCCACAUUGUGUCUACAUCAACCCGAGAAUUGGAGACUUUGGCCUCGUUGGGGCACUGGAGGACGCGUUGUACACUGGCCCUGCUUCAAAAGCCGUCGGAACGGAGUUCUACAGGCCGACGCAGACGGGUCCAAUGAGUGAGAAAAUCGACGUUUUUGCCCUGGGUGUGAUCCUUUUUGAGCUUUUGAGAGAAUUUCCCACAAGGAUGGAACGCAUCAUGACCCUACAGGGCCUGAAGUUGGGCCGAAUGCCUACAGACUUUGCGGAGCGCGUGGGUGAGCGGGGAGAGCGUGUUGCCGGUUUAAUCAACGCAAUGGUGGAUGCGGAGGAGGCAAAGAGGCUCACGUGUCUUGAGGUCAAACAUUGGAUUGAGGAGAUCUUGGCCCAGGAAGCGUAG